CAGUGAUUGAAGUGCAUUCAGACGGCAAAGAGGCACCAAGUAUGCUCUGUCUCAUGAUGCAGAAUCCCUUUGCCAAUUAUGUUGCUCAGCGUGUACUGGACGCGGCGGAUGUGGAACAGUUCUGGUGCCUGGUUGACAACAUUCAGAAGUACCUCAUACCCAUCAGCAGUUACACUUACGGUGCCCCCAUUGUGCAGCGCCUGGUCCGCCGCGAACUGGUAAAGGCUCCAGAAGAUCUUGUCUUCAACCUCGCUACCGCCCACCCAGGCUCAGGUGGGAAGGGCAACCAUGCCCAUCACCGCAAGAGGAUCGCUGAAGCUGACGGCAACGCGUAG